UGAAGCGGUAAGAAGAAACAAGUAAACAGUAAAAAAACCUUGCAAACAUGAAGCUGCUAAUUCUUCUGUCUUUGAUUUGUAUAAGUCACAGUAUACCAACAUAUGAGCCUGUGUUUAGGAAUUAUCAUGAGGAUAUUGGUGUGAAGGAAGCAGCUAGAAUAAAAGCAGCUGAAGAAGCUAUGGCUUUCAACGGGGGAAGGAUUGUAGGCGGGAGUCUGGCUUCUCUCGGGGAACAUCCCUAUUUGGGUGGUCUGCAAGUCACUCUUGUGGAUGGCCGCCUAUCUGUUUGUGGGUCGUCGUUAAUCUCAAACACCAGAUUGGUUACUGCGGCACACUGCUGGAAACAUGGCAGUAUUCAGGCUUUCCAAUUCACCGUAGUACUGGGGUCCUUAACGCUCUUCACAGGUGGAACCCGUGUGGUUACGUCUGAUGUCGAAAUGCACGCCGAUUACCAAGAAUCUACACUGAAUAACGACGUAGCCAUUAUUGUAGUACCCUGGAUCGAUUAUAACGAUAAUAUUAAAAAUAUCAAUCUGGCAACCGGUAGUAAUGCCUUCGUGGACGUCAUGGCCACCGCAACUGGCUUUGGAAGAAGUGUAGACAACGGUCCAGUACCACAAAACCUGCAGCAAGUUGACUUGCCGGUUAUCAACAACACAGUUUGCGCGAACGUCUUCGGGCCAUUGGUGAUUCUCGAAUCCACGUUGUGUGCGAGCACAGCGAAUGGUCGGAGCACUUGUGGAGGAGACUCAGGUGGACCUCUUAGUGUCUAUAAUAAUGAAACCUCGGAGCAUCUAUUGAUCGGGGUGUCGUCCUUCGUGGCGGGCAGUGGUUGCUUGAGCGGGUUCCCAGCCGGCUUCGCGCGUGUAUCUUCUUUUGUCAACUGGAUACAGGCUAGAAUGUAAAUUGUAGACAAAUAUUAUUAAAAUAAAUCAGCUACAGGAGAGUGGACCACGUUAACCUAUCGACUUGCUUAUAAAGAGGGGACCCGAGCGUCAUCGAUAAAUUUGAAAAAUAGGUAUCUGAAAAAAGUGUUGCCAUCGCUAUUCUCCUAAAUACAGUGCAGCAAGGACAACUCUAGCUAAGUUUUGUAGUUAGAAAUAAGUAAAAUUUGAAGUUUGGCUCUCCACGAUUUCCUCUUUCAAAAUUAGAUCUAUUUAUCAAAUGUUUGACAUAUACAAUGAGAAAUAAUUGUACCAAGACUCUAUGUUUUCCUUUUUUUUAACGCUUGCCACAUUUAUGUACUAGAAGUCUGUCGGCAAUGACUAAAACUAGGUCAUUUUUGAAGGGUUUCCAGUGCUUUUAAAAAGAAGAUAUCAAAAAAAGGAAAACGUAGAAGCGUAAUACCGGUAAUAUGUUAAUGAAAUGCUUCUCUCGUGUCACAAAACCACACCACUCGCGUCUCUUCUUAUAAUUAAUGUUGUUAAGUGAUUUUUCUUCUAAAUUUUUCUAGUUAUUUUAUUUAAAGAAACAAACUUUGUUAUUUAAGCUAGAGUACAACGUAAUGAUGUUUAUCUAAGACACGUAUGUACACUAUAUGUUCCUUAUAAGUCUCUUAUUUGUUUGAAAAAAUAAAGGCAACC